AUAAACAUUUUAUCUUAUUUCAGGUAAAAUAUGGCAAAUGAAUCGUUGGUCUACACCAAUGAAAAGUUGAAAGAUUUUUCACUAAGAAUCACUCGAGAAGUUCUUGAAAAGUGUGAUUCGAACGAUUGUUCUGGUACCAGUAUAUUCGCGGUUUUAGAUAAAUCAUCUGAACAAAGCAGUAACGGCAAGACUUUGGUGAAACCAGAAUUAAAAUUUGAGACCAGAAGUGUGCCCCCGCUGAACCCCUCUGAUGUCCAGGUCAAAGUCUUCUUUGGAGGGCUUAACUUUUCUGAUGUGUACAAAUACGACGGGAGGUUUUUGCAGUACACACCACUACCACUGGUUCUUGGAAUGGAGUGUUCUGGAAAGGUUGAGGCUGUUGGAAGUCAUGUGAAAGAAUUUGAGAUUGGAGACUUCGUGGUCUGUUACAAUGCAGAUGGCGGUUUGUUUGGAACAAGUGUGAUAAUCGACAGAACACUUUGCUAUAAAAUCGAAAAAGAUCAUUUGUUCAUUUCAUGUCUUUUGCCAACUGCAUACAUGACAGCUAAGUUGGCAUUGUUUGAUAUAGCCAGGAUUGAUGAGAGAAUGUCAGUUCUUUUCAAUGGAGUGUCAGGAUCAGUUGGAUUGGCUGCAGCAGAUCUGGUGGCUAUUAUGGGAGGACUCAUUUACGGAACUUGCUCUGAACAGAAAAUCGAAACUGUAAAAGGCACUGGUAAAGUGCAUAAGCUGUUCACUUACAAGCAAUUGGAGACCGAGUUGAAAGACACCCGGUUCGACAUUAUAUUGGACACACAUGGAGGACCAGCAAUUACACACUGCAUCAAUCUUCUCAAGCCCUUUGGAACGCUGGUCAUUUUAGGAGCUGCAGGAGUAGUGUCGUCGAGUGCCGAGGACGAGGCAGCAUGGUUGCAGGCAGGAAGCAGCAUACAAUCCGUCGACCUGGUCACAAAGAACAUCAAAGUCGCUGGAGCUCAUCUGGGAAACACUCUCAAACAUUAUCCCUCCCACUUCAACAACUCCAUGGAUAAAAUUUUUUCUCUACUUGAUGCAAAUCAAAUCAAACCAGUUUUACACGGAGUUUAUCCAUUCCUUGAAGUAGAGUCUGCGAUCAAAGUUCUACUGGAAAGAAAAAAUGUUGGGAAAAUUGUGUUGAGGUUUAUAUGAUGACUGUAAAUGUACCCUUCUUGGUUUAAUAAACAUAGUAUAAGAAUAAAA